AUGGGAAGUGGUCGUGCAAGCCACAGUACGAAUAAAGGGCAGACCAACGGGACGACUCCAGUCAAAAGGUUUCAGGGCAAGAACCUUUUCUCAACCCCAGUUAAGCCCAAUAGUGCUGGUGAUACGAACGAGACUCCGAGACUUGAACGCCAUGCCGAUCGAUCGGCCAGGAGAAAGAGUACCAGGACUCUUAUCGAGCGAACAAUACUUGGAAAUACAAGCGAUAAUGAUGAGGAGGAUGAAGACAUAGCUCACCACAUAUAUGAUUCCGAGGAUGAGGAUGAGCCAGGACAGGAGAUAGAGAUGAAUGGCGAGACUUCAGCAAGCGUCCCUGCUACUCCCUCGAAGCGUGGGCGACCUAAAGGAUCAAAGAAUCGACAGAAGUCUCCAACACCCACCCGGGACCUUCCACCUCACGAGGUGUAUUUCUCACAGAAUCGAGGAGGGCGGAGCAAAACCUCCGAUAACAAUCUCUCUUCUCUGGCAUUACUCGACCAUGAAGAGUAUUUUGCCCUUGUUCGCAGUUACGAAAAUCCACACAGUGUUGAUCUUGACUCUUUGCAAAAGCUAUAUGCAACUUUCUUUAACCAGUGGCUGUUUGAGCUUAGUCAAGACUUCAACAUAUGCGUCUAUGGAUGGGGCUCUAAAAGGUCUCUCCUCAUGAAUUUUGCGGAACAUAUCUACAAGGCACAGACGGAUCAUAUCAACAACAAGAUCGUGGUUAUAAAUGGCUACGUUCAGCAUCUUACCAUACGAGAUAUCCUGAACACUGUAGCGGCGGCUGUCUCUGAAAGUGGUGCAAAGUUGGGCUCACAACCGGCUGAAAUGCUUGAGAAGCUCAUAAGUACCCUGGAGGAGGACAAGACUAAGAAUGUCACUGUGAUGAUCCACUCCAUCGAUGGAACUGCUCUUCGCCGACCCACAACUCAGAUAAUACUCUCACGUCUCAGUUCACAUCCUCAGAUCCAUUUAGUAGCUUCGGCCGACCACCCUUCAUUCCCACUUCUCUGGGACAGCUCGCUGCGUUCGACUUUCAACUUUCUGUUCCAUGACUGUACGACCUUCCAGCCCUAUACUUCGGAAAUGGAUGUUGUUGAAGAGGUCCAUGAGCUUCUGGGUCGGAGCGGAAGGAGGGUUGGUGGAAAGGAAGGAGUUAGCUUCGUGCUGAAAAGUUUACCCGAGAAUGCCAAAAACCUAUUCAGGGUCUUGGUAGGAGAACAAUUAGCGGCUAUGGAUGAAAGUAUAGGGACUGGAUUUGGAGGAGCUGAUGAUGAUGAUGAUUAUGAUGAUAAUGAUAGGCACACAGGUAAUUUCGGGAAGAACGAGCCCGGCGUUGAGUAUAAGGUUCUGUAUCAGAAAGCGUGCGAGGAAUUCAUUUGCAGCAGCGAAAUGAGCUUUAGGACGCUGCUCAAGGAGUUUCACGAUCACCAAAUGAUACAGAGUCGGAAGGAUGUGUUAGGGACUGAAAUCCUUUCGGUACCUUUCCGAAAGGAAGAGCUGGAGACCAUUCUGGAAGAUAUAACGUCUUGA